UCCCAGCUCUAAUGUGUUUAUGCGUGGUAUCGAAGUCAGCCCACAACCUUUAUUACAUUCGCUUAUUUAAUACCUUAAAAUAUAAAUAUAAGUUCCGCAGGUUAAAUUUAACUAUGAUUUCCGAAGGAGCCACCAUAAAUAAGGAUAGUUCAGUACGUGUUGCUGUAAGAAUCCGACCUCAAAAUUCAAGAGAGCUUAUCGAUAUGUGCCGUAUUUGUACAACAGUCGCAAUUGGAGAGCCUCAAAUUCUUCUUGGAUCGGACAAAGCUUUCACUUUUGACUAUGUGUAUGAUAGUUCUUCAAAUCAGGGUCAAAUAUAUAAUGAAAGCGUGGAGCCAUUGGUUGAGAGUACCCUACAAGGCUAUAAUGCUACAGUACUUGCAUACGGACAAACGGGGUCAGGGAAAACAUAUACAAUGGGGACUGGGUUUGACCGUGAAUCUGAUGACAUUCAACUUGGGAUUAUACCUAGAGCGAUUCAACACAUAUUUGCUGGUAUCGAAGAUUUUGAAACUACCUCCAGUCAAAUGACAUCUGCCAUUGGAAGUCCACAGUUCAGUCUUGCUGUUCAGUACAUAGAGUUGUAUAAUGAGGAUAUUUUCGAUCUCUUGGACCCAUUCAAUAAAAACACAAGUUUCAAAAUUCAUGAAGCUACUAAUGGACAAAUCGAAAUUACUGGCGCUUCUAUAAAGCCAAUUAGCCAUCCUCAAGAUGCAUUAAAAUUCCUUCAGCAAGGUGCUUUAGCACGAACUACUGCAUCAACGAAAAUGAACGAUCAGUCAUCACGAUCACAUGCAUUGUUUACAAUAUUUGUCCGUAGGCAGCGUUUACUUACGCCUACAAACGAUGUUUUAGAUAACGACCUAGAAACUUUGACUUCGAAGUUUCAUUUUGUCGAUUUGGCAGGUUCUGAACGUCUUAAACGGACUUUGGCUACGGGAGAACGUGCACGUGAAGGCAUCUCUAUCAAUUGUGGACUUUUAUCUUUAGGAAAUUGUAUUUCAGCGCUUGGUGAUAAGUCCAAAAGAGCUUUACAUGUCCCUUAUCGCGACUCAAAGCUAACACGGCUUCUUCAAGACUCAUUAGGUGGUAACAGUCGGACUUUAAUGAUUGCAUGCGUAUCGCCAAGCGAUAGAGACUUUAUGGAAACAUUAAAUACAUUAAAGUAUGCAAACCGAGCGAGAAAUAUAAGGAAUAAAGUUCAAAUAAACAAAGAUCAAAGUUCUCGAACAAUUUUACAAUUGAGAAGAGAUGUUUCAGCUUUACAAUUGGAAUUACUAGAAUAUAAACAGGGUAAAAUAGUAGUGGACUUCGACGGAAAUGCAACACGUUCGGACACAUUUAAUGAAAAUAUCCUGCUCUUAUCAGAAAAUAAACGGUUAAAGCAACGUCUCAAUUCAAUGCAAGAAACAAUUAAAACGUUAACUGAACGAAAUGUUCAUCUGAAACUAGAAAAAGAUUUAAAUAAAUGGUCAAACGACCCAAAUUUAGAUUUAGAUAAAAAUAAUAUUGUUGAAUUUUAUAUUAAAGAAAUCGAAAAACUUAAAGCUAAAUUAAUAGAAUCUAAAGAAAUGCAAAACCAACUGAAAAAUUAUAUUGGAAAAUGGCAACAACCCCUUAAAAGUGUCUAUAAUGAAGAGCAAGGAAAUAUUAUAAACUUAGCAAAAAAAGGUUUAGAGAGGGACAAAGAAUUAUUAAUGUCACGUUCCUUAUCAGGGACACAAAACCAAAAUGACAGAUUUGAUGAAUCUGAAAUUUCCAGUAGCGAUUCGGAAGCAGAAGGAGUGGUAGCAGACUUGCAUGACAUUAACUCAGACAUCGAAAUUAAAAGUAAGUUAAUUGAGCAACUUGAGUUGUCACAGGAAAGAAUGGAACUUAUGCGUCGACACUAUGAAGACAAACUUACUGUGCUAAAUUGUGCGAUUCUGAAUACUCAAAAGGAACGAGAUGAGUUUUUGAAAAAUAUGGUUUCAUCCACAUCAGUAAAAUCAAAAGAUAAUUUAAAAAAAAUGAAAACAGAAUAUGAACGCAAGAUAACAAAUAUGCAAUGUGAACUCAAAAGGUUACAGAACGCACAGACGGAGCAUAUUCGACAACACAGAGAACUUAAAUCACAAGGAGCUAGAAUAAAUACCUUGCGAAGCGAACUUGAAAAAUUGAAGUUCACUAAAGUUAAAUUGAUGAAAUCAAUUUCAGAACAAUCUAAUCGACAUAAAGAAGAGGACACUAAGAAAUCAAGAAAAAUAUCAAAAUUACAAGAGGAUCAACGUCGCCAAAAAAAUGCAUUAUUAUCUUUAAAAGAAAAAAUGAAUGCCAAAGAUCAAAUUUUAAAGCGAAAAACUGAAGAGGUAAUUGCCCUCCGCAAAAGUCAAAGAGGCCGAUUAAUCCAAAAAGGGGCUUGCAAUUUAAUAUCGAAAGUCGAGAGCCUAAAUUCUCGAUCCACCCAUCAGCAAUGGGAAAAGUUGUAUGGCUUUAUAUUACACGCAGCAAGAACAAGGCAACUGAUCACACAAUUAGAAAAUGAAUUGCAUCGCUUAAUAUUGGAACGGGAAGAUCUUUGUCGUGAGCUAAACAUAAUGCAAAAUUGCCAAAACUUGGAUAAGACAUCUGAAGACUUCAAUGAACUAGACAGCUUAAAGACCAACAUUAGGUAUAUACAAGAAACUAUAGAACAUGUACAACAAGCAAUUAUGGAAUUCGAAGACAGUAAAGACUCUGCUCAGAGUGGGAUAUAUAAGAUACAGAAUUUUUUGGAUAAUAUGAAAACCGUUGAAGAAGCAAAAUAUAUUCUUCAAAAGCUUUCCGACAGUGCCAUUAUACUGACAUGUAAUUUGGCCAUAGCGGAGACCCAUUUGCAGGAAAAUGAAUCACUCCUACAAGAUGCUCAACAAGAAAACAGCAUUCAACAUCAGAUACUACAACAUUUUCUGUCGCUAAACAGUAAUGUGCAUAUAUCUGAUGUAUUUGUUUCUUUAAAUCUCAAAAGCAAUACAAAUAAACUAUGUCACAGUUCCCAAAAAUCGUUAUUAAGUACUGGAACAUAUGACAUACCUAAAGAGGAUAUAUUUGUAGAUUCUACAUAUAACGAAAAAACAGCAAUAAGUAAUAGAACCCCAUCACCUUCUGGAAUUGACACCUUACCGGAUAAGACUUCCAAAAUACGCCGCCGAACUGCUAGGAAGCAAGAUCUUCUGUUUGGGGACAUUAAAAUUGCACCCAAGACUGGCAGAAUGUCGCGAUCGUACACACAAAAUGAUGUCAUCUGUGAUAAUCCGCUUAUACGAGUUUCAAGUACUCCAGGAUAUUUAAAGCUCUAGCACAUACAAUAUAAGAGCCUUAUGGAAUUCUUAAUAGCACUAUGCAACAAAAUCAAACUUUUUUAAUCUGGAAUUAAAUUUCCUCUUUUGCUUUUUAGUUUAAGCUUUGGCUUGCCGUCUUAGUAAGCUUUAAAUAAAUAACACUACUCGACAAAAUCGAACUUUUUUUUUCCUCAAGGA